UUUUUGCUUUGGCCCUGAACGCGCGAGUUCGCAGCCAUCUUGGCGGCAAUUUGACUUCCCACCUCCUUUCCGCUUGUGAUCUGGCCUCGCCUCGCCGCCAGACAGCCACAAAACCGUCUGCAGUGCCGUGACGGCAUGCGGACGCGAUAGACGCCGGGGAGAAAGCAGAAGCCGCGCCAUCCAUUGUUUCGGAGCCCCCCUCGGCCUAUGAGUCAACGCAGGAAGCCACACGCACCCGCUGAUCAGGUCAGGCAAACGGGCGGGUCGUUGUCCCGGCUGACUGACUGACGUGUGUGUGCGGUGUGGUGUGGUGCAGCGGAAUGUGCGCAAUGUGGAGGAUUUCAUGGUUGACAAGUACGAGAAGGUGCGGCAGGAGCUGGAAAAGGUCGAGUGGAUCAAGAGGGACGCCGCAUGCAACAGCAAGACACUCGCCACACUCGUCGCACACCUCACCCUCUUCAUGGACCUCAACUUUGGCGCUAAGGUACAUGUGUGACACCAACACACCGACACCAUCACACUCAUCAAGCAUGCACAGCGGGGCAUCUGUCUGUCUGUCUGUCUGUCUGGUGUGUAUCCAUUCAUCAGGUGCCUGUCGAGCAGCGUGAGAUGACCAAGUUCCCUGCAGUCCUGCUCCGCGACUACCGCCCCAACGGGGCCCUCAAGACCAUCCUGGAGCUGUGUUUCGAGUUCAAGGCGCAGCAGGAGGGUGCGGGCAGCCGGCGGUUUGACAUCCUCACCGAGAAGGCCAAGCCACACGUCAUCCAGCUGUGCCGACAGAUCUUCGACCGCAUCAAGGCCGACGGUCACUGGAAGCCCCCCAAGGUGUUCUUCUGGACGGGGCAGGGCGGCGUGACCGCCGAGGAUGUGGAGAGGUGCACUGCGCUCGUGAGCAAGCAUCACGGUGUGGUGGUGGGUACGAUCAAGGAGGCGACGCACAUCGUGGUGUCUGACGCGUGCAACCCCGACUUCAACCCGAGCGACCCCGAGAGCUACUUCCGCACCAUCGAGCGAAUGCGGACCGACCUGGGGAAGAACUUCAACCUCAUCCACUGGUGGUACCACCCCGACUCGUACGACGUGUGGGUGCAGGGCAGCGCCGACGACGAGAUCGAGACGCCCAUCCGGCCCCCUGACGGCAUCUGGAAGGUGGGCAUGACCUUUAUCACACACCUCGAGACAUUCAACGAGUGGAUGAACGAGGCCGACUACGAGAUCAUCGAGGCCCACCUCCCCCCGCCCCUCCUCGCACACCUAGGGCAGGCCAGCGGCAAGCGCCCACAGCCCGUGCAGACGCGACAGAAGCGCCAGAAGGCCUCCCAUGCCCAUGAGGGCGAGCCCCCCACGCCAUCCGAGGCUCCCUCCGGCAAGAGGGAGAAGCGCAAGAGCCGCAAAGCGAGGGACGCGGAGUCGGUGGCAUCCGACGACACGGCCGGCAAGGCCGCCGGCUCGAUGCGCCUGCGCGUCCACAAGACCCCCCCACCAGCACGUGAAGCGCCGGGAGAGGAGAGCGAGAGACCUCGCGGCAUGGUGACCCGCGACAGUCUGAAGCCCUCCCAGGGCCAUUCCCGAUCGCGGGUCGGCGGCGUGGACCGUGUCAAGGCGCGCAAGUCCGCUCCUGGGGGCAGGGGGGCCGAGGGCGCCGAGGCGCGGCGGCCGGAGAAGAAGCGAAAGGUGCAUGGCGGCGCCGGAAUCCUACCCCGAGUGCAUGGCCCGACAGAUCUGUCGGGGGGAGCUGGCAUGGUGCUGGAUGCGGCGGGCGGCGGUGUGCAGCCGAUGCUGCUGCUGCAGCAGCAGCAGCAGCCACAGCACCUGCACGCGCUGCGGCUGCGGUGCAAUCCGUCGAUAUACCACCCCACCAAGUGCAAGGUCAUCGGGCGGCCGGAGGGGGAGGCGCCCCCCGUCCUGGACCCCGAGACCCUGGCGCAGCUGGACUAUGGCGAGGUGCUACCUGAGGUAGCGGCGUUUGUGCGUGAGCACUGCAAGGACGUCCGCAUGAAGGCCCAGUUGCCCACCAUCAUCGAGAAGGCCACGGUAUGCAGAGAGGGGCAGGGUGGGAUGGAGGGAGGGAGGGAGGAGGGAGGGUGUGAUGCUUGUGUUGCGGCAAUGGUCGGUUGUGUCAGGACGGUAUGGAUGUGGACGGCGUGGUGACGGAGCGAUUCCACGCCCCACCAUUGCCACCUGGUGGGUUGGCGCUUGCGAGCAAAGUGACAGACAGCACUCUGCUUCUUCGCGUGUGUGUGUCUUGUGUCAGAGCUGUGCUCGCCGUCAGUUGUGUCGGACGAGGUCUCGUCCGCAUCGCCGGACGGAGCGCCACUGGCAAAACGGUCAGUACACAAACAGACACAAAAGAAGACAGACAAUGCAAGCAACUAUUUGUGUGUGUGGUGUGUGUUGUUCUGUGUGUCGUCAGUUCGCACGCCCGCUGGACCCAGACGGUGACUCGCGAGGGCGGGCUGCUGGUCACCCUGCCCCUCCCACCAUCCGGCCCUCCCGUCCCCCCAGACCUACCACCACCACCACAAAACACUGAGCUCAACGUAUCCCAGACACACACUCAAACACACACACAUCCAUUUAUCCAUCCAUCCCCAUGUAUGUGUGUGUGUGUGCAUCAAUCAGGGUGCGGAGGCGGCGCGUCCCGCGUCAGCGUCUGAGGUGCCGGUGACGAUUCAGCUGCCGUCGUUCGCCGACUGGUUCGACACGGACAGUGUGCACAACAUCGAGAUGCAGCACCUGGGGGGCUUCUUCGGGGCCUACGAGGACGGGGAGGGGCUGGAGGAGACCAAGCGACGAUAUGUGGCCGUCAGGAACGCCAUUGUGGAGAGAUACAGGUUGGGGAGAGAAAGGAGGGAGGGAGGCAUGGAUGCGUGUGUGUGUGUGUGUGUGUGUCAGGAUGAAUCCUCGGAAGUACCUGAGUGCGACGGAGUGUCGACGGUUUAUCGACGGCGAUGCCCUGCUGGUGCUGCAGAUACACAGCUUCCUUGACUUCUGGGGGGUCAUCAACUUCCAGGUCACACCCCACACACAUACAUACAUACACCACCCACAACAAACGAAACAUUCAGUGCACUGUAUCUCAUUGCAAUGCAGGCUGACCCAUCCACCCUCCCCCUCAAGACGCGGAAGCUCCGCGAAGACACCGUCCCACAGCCAGCAGCAACCACCACAGGCGGACCAUCCCAACCUGCGCCAGCACGGCCCAUUGGGCGCAUCGGCCAGCCACAGCCACAGCCAGGCACCCAGCCGACGAUGGGCAUCCACCAGCAGGGCCCAUCGGCAGCCGCAUCGGCGUCACAGGGAGGUGUGGGUUGGCGGCCCGGUGUGGGUGCUGGUGCUGGUGUGGGUGGCGCCACCAAUGUCACCACUCUCGCGUCGACUGGCCAGCGGUAUGCGCUGCCCAAGGUGCCUGAGGGCCCGCCCGGUCCCAAGAAGUGCGUCAGCUGCGGCAAGAUUUGCCUCUACUCCUUCUAUGUCGUCCGCAAGACUGCUGGCGCACCUGGUGGGGUGACAGUGAGGACGGAGGAAGAUAUCAUGUGAGAGAGAUGUGUGUGUGUGUGUGUGUUGGUUGGUUGUGUGUGGUUGGUGCAGCGUUGUCAACUGGUGUGCUGAGCCGGUGUGCGUGGUGCGAGCUGUGCUACCGCGAGGGCCUGCUGCCGCCAAACCUGCUGCCCUCGCAGCUCAGGAAGGUGGGCGUGAGACCACCCAUACACCACCCCACACAAUACACACGGUCACGGUGCCACACAAUGGUGCACUCACUGCGCCUGCCAUGUGUUUAAUGCGUGUAGGUGACGGUGCCGUUGAGCGGUUCCCAGGACGGCCGCCCCGACGCCAGUGGCACCAUGUGGACAGAACACGAGACCAUGAGACUCAUCGGUCAGUGCACGACCCACCACCCCACACCACACCUGUCGCACAAACGCUUCCCAUGCUCUCAGAGGGUCUGGAGUUGUAUGGCGAUUCGUGGGAUGAGGUGGCCUCCCACGUGGGCAACGGCAAGACCGCCUCACAGUGCAUCAUGCACUUCGUCGCACUCCCCAUCGAGGAGGAGACGCCGCUCCCCCCCACAGCCACAGCCGCAGCCGGCAUGGGCAUCGGGCGGGAGCGUGGUAUGGACAGCCGCAGCCUGGCAGCCAUGCUCACGUCCAUGCGGGAGCGACGCGAUGAGAGCGCUGUGGACUACAUGAUGAAACAGGUGGGUGGGUGGUGGGUGCAGAGAGGUGGGUGGUGGGCCUCCACCGAUCAUGGUGUGUGUGUGUGUGUGUGUCUUCGGUUCAGCUGGCGGGAUUGGCGUCUGUGGUGGACCCGAAGCUCGUGACGGCCGCAAUCAACGCUGCUUUGGAAGAGGUAUUGCAACAACACACCACACUACACCACACCACACCCGGUGAGAGAGAGUGAGAGAGAGAGAAUCGCCUUCUCCCGUUGUGUGCAUGCCUCCAGGCCCGCAAGGAGAACCUGGUGCCGCCACAGAUCGAGGCCCGAUACCGCCCCGUGAUGGCCCACCCCCUCCCACCCCGCUCCCACCCACAGAUACCCCACCAGCAGCACACCUUCAUGCACACGCGGGCGGCGGCGGUUGGCAUCGGCAACGGGCCGCGACCACCUGCACCGCCAGCCAUGAUGCCGAUAGCUGCCUCGUCUGCUCCAGCUGCAGCUGCAGCAGCAGCGGCGGUGGCCGUCAAGGAUAAGGGUGGGGACACGCUCAUGUCGACGACGAACCACAAUGGCACCACCGUCCAACAGCCGCCAUCGGUUGUCGCGUCGGUGAGUCGGGGGGGAGGGAGAGGGCUCGUGUGCGGCGGUUGUCACUGUGUUGUCCGUGUGUGUCGCGUGUCGUCUGUGUGUGUAGGCCGUGAGUGCAGGUGUGGUUGGCGCGAUGCCUGUGGUUGGCCUGGUGGCUGCGGCGCGGGAAGACCAGCAGGUGACGUCACCUGACACACACACACACCCAUUCUUAUUCCUCAUGUCGGUCCAUCGUCUGUGCACGUUGUUUAUCUCAGGCUCGUGCGGGUGGUGAGGCGCUGCUGGCACAGCAGAAGGAGAGAAUCGACGACAAGAUGAGGCAAAUCAGGUGCCCAGGCGGCGUGCGAACCUCACACAGACACAAUCACAGUCGGAUCUCCACCCUGUGGCUCAUGCUGUGUGUGUUGUUCGCAGGGCGUCAGGCCAGGGCCAGGAGCAGCAGCAGCAGCAGCAGGGGCAAAGAGAGGUCCGUCCAGACGGGCCCGGCCAGUCAUGAGGGCGCUCGCUCAUUCCAUCGGAUGGGAGACAGACGGAGGUGUGUAGGUGCUGUAGGUGCUGUGGGUAGCGUCAUUUCCAAACAUACAUAGACCAGGGAACUGUCCCAGACAGGUGUUGAGUUGGGUUGAGUCGAGUGUCCCUGCCCCCCCCUGUCUGUCCCUGUGGGGUAUGCGCCAUUUGAUGAGGGCGCUGCCGUGUAAACAGCGGCUUUGUCAUACUGGAGAUACCCCUGAUGUACAGGGAGGGAGGGGGCAGGCACACAGACAGACAAGAUGACUGACUGGAACAGACAGACGUCGCUUUGCUGUGCUGCCAUUCCCACCCCCCCUCUCUGUUUAUGCGCCACUUAUCACAUGCACUGUGACGUCCCCGGCGAGCUGCAGCUCACUUGCGGCUCGGCAGCGACGCCACGGUGCGUGUCUUAAGGGGCGGAGGCAGUCAGACAGACAGACAGGGAAGGCAGGGGAUUGCGUCCGUCAUGGGUAGGUGAUGUUGGAUGGAUGGAUUGGCUCUCAAGUGGUUUUACAGACAGACAGACCGACAGGUACACAACGACGGUGUCCGGCCACUGA